AUGGUUCGUGUCGCUAAAGAUUCCUUCAACAGGUUUGAGCAGGCCUAUGCGAACUUGACCGAGGACCGACUGAAGAGGGCCGAGGCGGAGAUGCGGGAGACAAGGACUACGUCGGACCCCGACAUAUCGCUCUUGCUCCGCGAGCUGUCGAUUUUGGUCAUGCACAGCCGCUCUCAACGAAUCCCGUCUGCUUAUGCGGAGGAAGAUCCAAGCUCUGGACAUUUGGGCCGGCUCCAUGAUUAUGAGUCUGCAAAGGAGCUUUUGGCCGAUCUCCGUGAAAGGUACGACAGAAUCGCCCUCAGCACCAUGGAUCCGGUCAGCUCGGCCAUCUUCUUCCACCGAGAAAUAUCUCUAUUCUUUGACAAAUACGUGAACACAGGCCAGGAAUCGAUCUUCGGGAAGAUCAGCCACUACUACGCCACGGUGGAAACGAACGAGCGAGGCAGCCUCCACUUGCAUGGACUCCUCUGGCUGGACGGCAACAUGCGGUUACCGAACCUGAUGGACGACAUGGCCAAUCCCGCGGAAGAAUCGUAUCGUGCCCAGGUGAUCCGAUACAUAGACUCCGUCUUUCAUGAGUGCCUAGAUGAAGAUGCCGGAAAAGCCGUGCGACAAUAG